UUGUCACUUCCGGUUGAUAUGACAAAGUGACGUCACGCUGUAUUAUUAGAGGAAAGAAAGAACGGAAAGUGUAUGUCAAUAUUGUGAGUUAAAUCACCUCCACAUGACAGCGUUUGGUAUCUCAGAACUGUUGUGAAUGGUAGCUUGAUUUCUGCUACAUCGUUUUGAUUCUAUUUCAGUUCGCUUUUCGUUUGACACCAUGAACAGCCUGUCGUUCAGCGAGCUAUGUUGCUUGUUUUGUUGUCCGCCAUGUCCAUCAAGAAUAGCAGCAAAGUUGGCCUUCCUUCCUCCAGAGCCAACAUAUUCACUGAUAUCAGAUGAAACGGGUUCAAAAUAUAGCCUCCACCUUACUGACAGGGCUGAAUGGCAGUACACUCAGCGAGAACUAGACUGUAUUGAAGUGUUUAUGACAAGGACUUCAAGGGGAAACAGGAUACCAUGCAUGUUUGCAAGGUGUUCCCCCAAUGCUAAAUACACUCUUCUCUUCAGUCACGGCAAUGCAGUAGAUUUGGGCCAAAUGAGCAGCUUCUACAUAGGACUAGGAUCCAGAAUCAACUGUAACAUUUUCAGCUAUGACUAUUCAGGCUACGGUGCCAGCUCGGGGAAACCGUCGGAGAAAAAUCUCUAUGCAGACAUUGAUGCUGCAUGGCAAGCUCUGCGAACAAGAUAUGGUAUAAGUCCACAAAAUGUAGUUUUGUAUGGACAGAGUAUCGGCACAGUGCCUACUGUAGAUCUUGCGUCCAGAUAUGAAGUUGGUGCAGCUAUUCUCCAUUCUCCACUGAUGUCCGGCAUGAGAGUGGCAUUCCCAGAUACAAAGAGGACAUGGUUCUUUGAUGCUUUUCCUAGUAUUGACAAAGUACCAAAGAUAACGUCUCCAGUUCUAGUUAUACACGGAACAGAAGAUGAAGUAAUAGACUUUUCUCACGGACUAGCCAUACACGAGCGAUGCCCCAGGGCAGUGGAACCACUUUGGGUUGAAGGUGCGGGGCACAACGAUGUGGAACUCUACGGACAAUAUUUAGACCGACUUAAACAAUUCAUAAAUGUUGAAUUGGCGGUCAAUUGACCCACGGAGAACAUAAUGCAGCCAGUUCAGGAAGAGUUGAUAUAAUCAUCAGUUCCUGAUGUCACAUGGAUCUGUGUUGUUGAAUGUCUGUAAGCUCUGGUACAUGGACAACAAUGGAAAUAUAGCAUAACCAGCCAUAUCAAGAAUUAAUUAUACAAAUUGGUCUGUUGUCAUUCUUGUAACAUUAAAACUGUUUUGUUCCUACAAUGUAUGACAUCUAAAUGUAUUUCCACAUAUUCAUAAAACCUCAAGUGUGUAUUUUUUUUUAUACCGGUACCAUGUUUUUUUCUUGUUUAAGAUUUCUUAGUGUUCAUUUACGUACGUAGGUUCCCAUUGAGUGAUUCUGUACGUGAGCAUGGCUGGAAGAUUGCUAACUUAGUAGUCUAAUUUCUGUACCAGUAUCUGAACAUAUAGACUAGACCAUAUUUUUUGACAAACUUCAUUCACCUAGUAUAUACAUGAGCAUGCCUGGAAGUAGCAAAGGUUCUGUAUUAUACAAUUUUGACAAAUUGACAAGCUGAUUUUUGUUUAAUGUUUAUAUGAUACCCGGUACCACGGACUUGGAUAGCAAUCAAAUCUUAUUCCGUGCCGGUACUGGGAACAUAAUAUAUUACCCAUCUUCAUUCAGUUAUUAAAUUUAUAUUUUCACAUCUUGGAGCGUACCAUAAUCAAAUCAGUUUUCAAUUAUUUUAUUAUAAAACUUUGCAAUUAUUUCAUAAGGAAUUUGUUUUAUUUUUGAAGAAGAAAAAAGACAGAUGAAAAUCCCUGAAAAAACAAUAACCCUAGUACAUGUAGGAAGAAGGCAAAGAAAUCAACAGAAAUGUUACUGUGAUGUUAAUUCAAUUUGUUGAAGGUUUUCAUAAUUUCUACUCGAUUGCUAGCAGAUGAUUUCAGUCUAUACUGCAUCCCUACAGUACAGCAACAUCACCUAAUAGAAUUUGAUUGUACUUUUUUUUUUCAAACCAGCAAGAACAUGUCAUGUUUCAGGUUGUUGACUUUUUAAAUGUGGUUGUUUGCAUUGACAAUUGUCUAUUUAUAAAAGGGAAUAUAACGACCUCAUUAUGCUGUUUUGAUGGAGGGAAUAUAUGUAAAUUGACAUUAAACCCUUGUUUAAUAAAUUAUUCAGCUUAAUUUUAUGAAUGAAUGACUGUUACAAUUACAGUGGUGUCAUAUUUUCGUAACCGGUAAUUGUCGACAUCAAUAUUAAAGCAGCUCUCUUUGUUAAACUUAACUUCGUACAUUUGCCAAUGUAAUGUAUCAUUUGGACAAGAAAACAUGGACUGUGAAAAUCUUGAUUUCCCACGAUUUGUGUAAAUGUGUCAUUCUCUCAUGUAUAUUCUCAUGAACCACGAGUAUGAUUCAUGGCUUGGCCUAGAAUUAGGUCAUUACGUGGGAGAGAAGUAUUACAGACGGUAUAUGUGUACAUUGUACAAAUACGAUAAAUUAAUAGUGGAGUGGAUUUGUGAUAAAUAUCAAUGUUUAUACAAUUUCAUUUUGACAUCAUCCUUGGAAUAUUUAGCUGUGUAACAAUCAUCAGAUUAUAUUACAAUGUACAUUUAUGCUUCAAAUGUGAUAUUGCUUGUUUUUGUUAUAAAAAAUUUGUAAACUUUUGGCUAGGAUGUUUGAUCAGUUACAACUUUGACAUGAAUGUUUUAUGCAUGUGACGUAUAUAUAUGUAAAUUUAAUAUCGUCGAGAAGUCGUAAAACAUCGGCUUAUCAAAGAUUUUCGUGAAUAUACAAUUAAACUGUACUAUAUACAUUGUAUAUAUUUAAUGUUCAAUUAAGAUUGGGAAAUAGUUCAAAGAGGAAAGAUUUUUAAUGGCUAAAAAUUAAACGACAAGAUUUUUAUUUGUGUCAUUCAAGUGUUGUAAAAUGAUUCAUAUGCUGAGAUAGCCACUAAAACUCAUCAUCCCUGUUCAACGUGGUAUGGCACACAUCCCAAUCCCAUACACACCGGUACCAACGGGCUGCAGCCUGUGCCAUGCCCAGGCAUCCCUGAUCUGUUGUUUUAGGUUCCCAGGUCAUUGGUUGAAUUAUGGACCGCUUUUGUCUUUUCAAACUUCAGGAAAUUGGUAUAGAAGGUUUUGUGAAUAAUAGCAGUAAGUUUACUUCAGAUAGAGUUCAGCACAUUGGG